UAUCAAACUUAAUAGUUUGUAUUUAGUUUUUCAAAAUGUCCAUUCUAGUGUUAUUAGCGUUGUCAGUAGCAAAACUUAGAGAGUGAAAUGAAUACUAUGGAUAUUUACUCUUUGUGAAGAGUAUAGUAGGGCUGUUUUUGUUGCCCAUAAACUUUUAAAUUGAACUCCCUUUCACAGCCAUUUCCAAGUGCUCUUGUGCCUGUGUCCUCACCUGUGUCCUGGGGCACACUGAGCUGUGUUUGUGUCUGUCUUUCACUCUCCGCUCUGGAACCAAGUGUCUGUGGGCUGUGCUGCGGGAGGUGGGCAGGUUGGGGAGCGCAUCCGAAUGCGCCUGUGAAGGAAGUGGUAGCAGGCUGUUUGCACCUUUGAGCCUAGUUUUGUGGGUGGGGGAUGUUGGUUUGUAAAUUUUCCCCUGUCAUUGAAUUUGACUUUUCCGUAUAUGAGUAUCAGUUUGUUACAGGACACAAGUAUGUGGCCUGGUUGUGUUGCAAAGACAUUUGUUUGUAUAAGUAGCAUCUGAACAGCUCCCUGUCCCCAGGAAUGCCCUGCCCUGCCCACGGCUUAUGAGAGCAGAUCUUUUCAGAUAAAUCAAGUAGACUUCAUUAUUUCAUACUUUCAUUAUUUUAUGAGCUUUACUCUCCACUCUCCAAAAUCCUUCUCCAAGGAUUUGUUCAGGAGACACGUUCCCAAAUUUUAGUCAUGCACAUCUUAUUUUAAAUGCACAACAGGAUUUUACUGUUUCAAAGGUGUGCUAUAGAGAGAACCCAUCCAUACAGGAAAGAAUCAUCACCUUACUUUUGUAAUUCACAUCAAUGUCUAACAUUAGCUUUUGACCCCCGUGUUCCCCAGAGGUAUUGCGUUAGAGUAGGUGUGUUAUCUUUACAUAGUUGGUGAUGGGACCAGAGACCAUUUGCACAAAAGGGAAAAAAGUCACUGAUUUCCAUAAUUAUUGAUGCUCUAAAUUACAUUUUGCAUCCUAAUUUCCUUUCAUCAUGCUGAAGGGCUCCUAGGACUGUGGACCAGUUUGCUCCCUCACUGCCUUUGGCCCCUGCGUCUACAAGCCAGGUUUGGGGCUGGCUGGCGUCUGUGUGAGGAAAGCUUAACCACCACCUAGUCUUCCAGGGUUGGACAUUAUCAUGACUGCUGUGUCUCCAUGUAAUUCUGGGCUGGUUGAAGGAGCUGGAGGAACACUCUACCUGUGUUCCCGUGUGCUCUGUCAUUAUUUCCGGAAGACAUUGAUAGGGCCAAGCCCCUGUUCCUUUGUCUGUAAAAUAAUUGAAUAUUAGUCUCUGCAGUCAUUUCCAACCCUGUAUUAUAGUUUAUCUUUUUUAAAAAUAUAUUUUAUUUAUUUUUAGAGAGUAUGGAAGGGAGUGAGAAAGAAUGGGAAAUAUAGGUCUGUUGCCUCUUGCACACCCCCAGUUGGGGACCUGGCCUGCAACCCAGGCACCUGCCCUGUCAGGGUCCACCCAGUGACCCUUUGGUUCUCAGGCCAGUGCUCAGUCCACUGAGCCACAGCAGCCAGGGCUAUAAUUUAUCUUUUACAUUUAAUUGCCACUCUGUUUUCUCGCAGGGGUGUCCAACCUGUGGCCCACAUGCAGCUUAGGAUGGCUAUGAAUGUGGCCCAUCACAAAAUCAUAAAUUUACUGAAAACAUUAUGAGGGUUUUUUUUGUGUGAUUACAUUUCAUAAUAUAGCUAAUAUAUGGCCCAAGACAACUGUUUUUCUUCCAUGUGGCCCAGAGAUGCCCAAAGGUUCGACACCCUGUAAGGGCUAUUUUAAUCAUAUUUGGACAUCUAAUUGUGUACAUAGUUCAUCUGUAACUUCCAUGUAGUUUUUUGUUAAAUUAAAUUGAUGGUAUAGGUUACAGUCGGUUGGGUUUUAGAAUUGACAAACUUGGGUGUAUCCAUGGUUCCAAAAGCUUGAUUUUUCAGGUCUGUAUGUCUCCUACUGGUCGGUUGCGUCUCUGCAAGAUGUCUUAUUUUCUGUGUUACAACAGUACGCUAAAGGCAGAGGAGAGAACAUUGAAAUUAUUCUCUAAGCUAUUUGAAGAGAGUGACUAAAUGCACCUGGGUCAGGCUGUCUGUGGGUAUGAAGUGGUUGGGAGAAUCCAAGAACAUGGUGGUGAAUGGCAGGAGGAGUGGAGGCAAGUUGUCUAAUGACCACCCGCAGAACCAACCCAAAGCGCAGCACACGGGGAAGGACGCCGUGAAGGCCGGCAGAGGCGCAGUGGACAGGAGGUCGAGCAGAUGUAAUGGUAAUUCAGGAUUCGAGGGACAGAGUCGAUAUGUACCAUCUUCUGGAAUGUCCGCCAAGGAACUUUGUGAAAAUGAUGACCUAGCGACCAGUUUGGUUCUCGAUCCCUAUUUAGGUUUUCAGACACACAAAAUGAAUACUAGCGCCUUUCCUUCGAGGAGCUCAAGGCAUUUUUCAAAAUCUGACAGUUUCCCUCACAACAACCCUGUGAGAUUUCGGCCUAUUAAAGGAAGGCAAGAAGAACUCAAGGAAGUAAUUGAACGUUUUAAGAAAGAUGAGCACUUGGAGAAAGCUUUCAAAUGUUUGACUUCAGGCGAAUGGGCGCGGCACUGUUUUCUCCACAAGAACAAAAUGCAGGAGAAAUUAUUCAAGGAACAUGUGUUCAUUUACUUGCGAAUGUUUGCAACUGACAGCGGAUUUGAAAUACUGCCCUGUAACAGAUACUCGUCAGAGCAAAAUGGGGCCAAGAUAGUAGCAACGAAAGAGUGGAAACGAAAUGACAAAAUAGAAUUACUGGUGGGUUGUAUUGCCGAACUUUCAGAAAUUGAGGAGAACAUGCUACUCAGACACGGUGAAAACGACUUCAGUGUCAUGUACUCCACGAGGAAGAACUGCGCGCAGCUCUGGCUCGGCCCCGCCGCCUUCAUAAACCACGAUUGCAGACCUAACUGUAAGUUUGUGUCAACUGGUCGAGAUACAGCAUGUGUGAAGGCUCUCAGAGAUAUUGAACCUGGGGAAGAAAUUUCUUGUUACUAUGGAGAUGGGUUUUUUGGAGAAAACAAUGAGUUCUGCGAGUGUUACACUUGUGAAAGACGGGGAACUGGUGCUUUUAAAUCCAGAGUGGGACUACCUGCGCCUGCUCCUGUUAUCAAUAGCAAAUACGGACUCAGAGAAACAGACAAACGUUUAAAUAGGCUUAAAAAGUUAGGGGACAGCAGCAAAAAUUCAGACAGUCAGUCUGUCAGCUCUAACACUGAUGCAGACACCACUCAGGAAAAAAACAAUGCAACUUCUAGCCGAAAAUCUUCAGUUGGUGUGAAAAAGACCAGCAAGAGCAGAACGUUAACGAGGCAGUCUAUGUCAAGAAUUCCAGCUGCUUCCAACUCUACCUCAUCUAAGCUAACUCACAUAAAUAAUUCCAGGGUACCAAAGAAACUGAAAAAGCCUGCAAAGCCUUUACUAUCAAAGGUAAAAUUAAGAAAUCAUUGCAAACGGCUGGAACAGAAGAGUACUUCAAGAAAACUCGAGAUGGGAAACUUAGUCCUUAAGGAGCCUAAAGUUGUCCUCUAUAAAAAUUUGCCCCUUAAGAAAGAUAAGGAGCCAGAGGGACCAGUACAAGCCGCAGUGGCUAGUGGGUGCUUGACUAGACACGCCGCAAGAGAGCACAAACAGAACUCCGGGCGCGGGGCCCCUUCACCCGGGGAGGGCGCUCCCAGCACAUACACAACCAGGCGGUCGGUGAGGACGAGAGUGAACUUGAAGGAGACCUCUGACAUCAAGCUGGAACCAAAUGCAUUGGACGGCUAUGAAAACGGUUUGACUGAGCCUUGCCUAGACGGUGGCGAGCAGCCAGCUCUGGCGACACAGGAAGAGGAACUAGCUCAUGACACUGCACAAAGGGGGGAAGCGAAGUGUCCUAAGAGUGACAACAGCAUUGCAAAAAAGAAGUCGAGACCAGGAAAACUUGUGAAACAGUUGGCAAAAGCAGAGGAAUCCCAUCCUGUGCGUGAUCCUCCUGGAAAAGCCGGCGUGGUGCCUGAUGGGAUGGGGUCCCUCUCCGACCAGGGCCAGCACAGCAGCACAGAGGGUGUGCCCGGCAGCUACUUGGGCUGGGCCCCUUCACCUCUGGAUGGUGCGGCGGUGACGUCAGAUAGCUUCAAAACGAAAGAUGGCUUCAGAACUGCAAAAAGUAAAAAGAAGAGGCGGAUCACAAGGUAUGACGCACAGUUGAUCCUGGAAAAUAACUCUGGGAUCCCCAAAUUGACUCUUCGAAGGCGUCACGAUAGCAGCAGCAAGACAAAUGACCCAGAGAAUGAUGGGAUGAAUUCUUCCAAGAUAAGCAUCAAGUUAAGUAAAGACCAUGAAAACGAUAAUAAUCUCUAUGUAGCAAAGCUUAAUAACGGAUUUAACUCAGGGUCAGGUAGUAGUUCUACAAAAUUAAAAAUCCAGCUAAAGCGGGAUGAGGAGAGCCGGGGGUCAUGUACAGAGGGGCUUCAUGAAAACGGGGUGUGCUGCAGUGACCCCCUGUCCCUCCUGGAGUCUCGCAUGGAAGUGGAUGACUACAGUCAGUACGAGGAGGAGAGCACGGACGGCCCCUCCUCCUCGGAGGGGGACGAGGAGGAGGACGACUAUGAGGACGACUUCGAGGACGACUUCGUUCCGCUUCCGCCAGCCAAGCGGUUGCGGCUGAUAGUCGGGAAAGACUCUAUAGAUAUUGACAUUUCUUCCCGGAGGAGGGAAGAUCAGUCUUUGAGGCUUAAUGCAUAAGCCCUGGGUCUCACUUUGACCCAGGGUAACUACUUUAGCAAAAUAAAAGAUUCCAGUCAGUUAUUCCUCAACUGAAACAUUUUAGCGGCAGCACUUCUCGCGUUUCUUCACCUGUCGGCAUAAUACGUAGAAAGUGUACAGCGUGCUGACUCUCUGGAAGUCUGAUUCGUGCACAUUUUUAUUGUACUUUUUAAGUAGCCUCCUUACGUGCAAUUCUGAGUUAGAGGUAAAGCCCCGUUGUCGAAUAAAGGCUCACGCAGACCUGCGCAGUGACAGCAGCUUUCCACACAGGACGCUGGAGACAGUAAUGUGGCUGUACAAUUUUUUAACUUCAAGAGCAUUAACUAGCUCUUUAAUAUAUGACUAAACAGUAAUUUAAAACAAAUCAUAGUAGCAGCAUAUUAAGGUUUUCUAGUAUAUGCUAAUAUCACCAGCAAUGAUCUUUGGCUUUUUGAUUUAUUUGCUAGCUGUUGCCCCCUGGAGUGUCGUCAGUUCCACACUGUGUGCCGGCCCAGGUGCACUGUGUGUGGCCCGGGUCAAGGUCAGGUUGGUUUCUUUACAAAGAGUUCAGUUCCACGUGUGGCGGCCAACGUCUCCACGGCAUUGUAUGUACAAGGUAGCAGUGUGCGGGAUGAGUUCGAUGCGGCGUAUUUAUUGCUUGUCAUGUAAGUUAAAGACCUUGUAUUUAACACUUUUCAAUACUUUUAGAUAAAAUUGUUCUUUGCAAGAAUGAUUGGUGCUUAUUUUUUCAAAAAUUUGCUGUGAACAAUGUGAUGACAACAAGCAACAUUGGUCUAAUGAACUACAGCUCUUCAUUUGGGUCUUCAAGUUUCUGUUGCACUUGUAAAAUGCUACAAGGAAUAUUAAAAAACUCUAUUCACUUUAA